AAAUCAAAAAUCAAAAAUUGUUUAGUAACAAAAAAAUCAAAAGUCAUAUAAUUUUCCAAGCUCAAAAUAGUUGUGUAACUUCCCAAAUUUCUCUUGACCAAAUAUUUUUUUUUGAAAAUAAAUAUUUCAAUCUCAAAUAAUAAUAUUCCAAAUCUUUUAAAAGAUAAUAUCAUAGAUGGUAAAUUUUUUUUUUUUGAAAUAUGCAACACGAGAAAAUAUGUUGUAAAAUUCAAAGUGGUAUAUUUUUUUUGAAAAUUUAAGUUAAUAUCAAAAAAUUAAAAAAAUUAAUAUUAUAACAUCAAAAAAUCAUAUAUCGAUAUAUAUUAAUAACGUCGAACAAGAAAUAUAACCAAUAAAAUUAUAGAAUUAUACAAUAUAUAACACAAAAAUGUAAUUAUAUAUUUAAAAUAUUGGCGAUAAUAUCAAAAUAUGAAAGUCUAGUUUCUGUUAAAACAAUAAGAUAGACGAAUUAUUACUAGUGUUUAAUAAUAUAAAUUAGAAUUUGAAAGGUAUUUAUAUUUUUGUAUUAACACAAUGACAGAAAAAAACACGUAAUAAAAUCACAGUAAAAUAGAUAAGCAUUAAAAAUGGUUACAAAAUCCAAAACAGUUUAGGAAUUCACACAGCUCAUCCACAGAAAGGCGAAACUGUGAAAGGUACCGCGACGAGGAAAAAAAAGAAAAAGAAAAUUGUUUUCGCUUUUAACAUUUUUAGUUUACCUUAUUGUAUUAAAUAAUUUGUUUAUUUAUUAACACCAUGAUUAACCCCAGUCUUUUAACUGGGAUUCUUAGCUUCAGAAGAAAAGAGAUGGGCAAAAAAUCCGAACCGAACCGAUCGAACCGAACCGACCGAACCGAUCGAACCGAACCGACCGAACCGAUCGAACCGAACCGACCGAACCGAAACCGAUUCGAACCAAACCAAAGUCCAUUUCAAAUCAUUCGGUUGAAGAUUUUCCCAAUCCGAACGGUUCAGUUCAGUUCGGUUUAAACCGAACCGAACCGAUAAACCGAAGUGUUUUUAUAGUUAUUUAAAUUAAAAAUAUUAGUAAUAUCAAGAUAUUAAAAUCCUAAGAUUAAGCCCACGUAAUUUCCUUUUGCACGAAAGAAAUCCUAAUAUAAUUUGAUUUCCAUGACAUUUCGUCUAACUUUUGUAAUAUUCGUCAUUAAGCCCACAUAAUUUCCAUGUUAAUUUUUUUUCCAAUAGCGUAUACUUUUAAACCCUAAAAUUAAAACCUAAACCAAGUCUAAUUAAAAACAAAAGUUUUCCGCAACGUCUCUUUUCUGCGUCUCCUACUCUCCUUCCUGCCUAUUUUUCCUUUUGGUGGUGUCAAUUCUAAUAACUUCAGGUGAGAUUUUUAAUAUCAAGUUAAGAAUUUGUUACAUAUAUUUAUACAACUGAAAAGUGAAAACAUCAAACUAUUCUUUUAGCUUAUGUAUUACAUAUAUUUAUUAUGACCAACGCGAUUAUUUCAUGACAACCAUACAUUUAUGUAUUAAAACAUGAUUUCUUGUACAAUAAAUAAAUUAAGAGAAAUUCUAUUAAACUGAACCGAACCGAAAUACAAAUCGAAUCGUAUACAAACCAAACCGAAUAUAAACCAAACCGAAUAUAACCGAACCGAAAUCGAUCCAAACCAAACUAACUAUGGUUUACUUCAGCUGGAAAAAUUCUAAAACCGAAUUAACCAAACCGAACCGAACUCGAACUGAACCGAUAAAAUAACUGAAGUGUCCACCCCUAUAAGAAACGGUUCUAAGCUUUUCUUAGAUUUUAACUAAGAAAAGCUAAGAACUGUCUCUUAAAUAAGAGAUAUAAGAGCCGUCUCUUAACCGAAAAGUGUUAAAAAAGAAUAAAAAAUAAUAAAAAAUGUCAAAUCAUGAGUUAAAAACUCCAGCUAAGAUACGAUGAUUAAUCAUGAGUUAGGGAACCUGAUACCACUUUGAUGUGUGAGUGCGUGGUUCUUGUUCAUUUUCUCUCUCUAUAUCUCUCUCUCAGAAAAUCUUUUCUUCUGCCAAGAAACCCAUUUCUGAAAUAAUCAAUCCUCCAAAGGUACAUAUGUCUUUCACAAAUUUGACAUUACAAAGAUCUGGUGAAUAGUAACGGUGGAAGAAUCAUCAAAUGUUCUUAUCAUCAUCAGCAUCCACUGGUGAAAGCACUCCAAAAAAUCCAUCAACUUCUUCUAGUUUCUUACAUCUGACCAACUCUAGUGAUGAGUUAGGUCAGUCACAUCAUUCCAGCGUCUCUAUCAGAGAUUAUGCAAGUAAUUACCGGACCGAGAACAUUCAGAAAAGCUGGCCUUUUUCCUCAACAAGUUUUCAACUUUGUUUGAAACAUGGCUUAACUGAUCUAUUGCCACCAAUGCAGCCUCUUAACUCUGUGGUAAGCCAUCCUCCUGAAGCUUCUUCAUCGCACAUAGCUCUUGUUGAAGCAAUAAGCUGCAAGAGAAAGUUUGAAAAACUUGGCUCCAAUCAUGCAUUAGAAGCGACUAAGCAAGGUUUAGAGAAUGGUUCUUUGGCGAGUGGUCCAAAAUCCAAAAUACAAGUAGCUAACAUCAACAAGAGCCCCAUCAGAAAAUGUGGGUCAAUAGUGAAACCUGGAGCUUGUGUGGAUAGUGAAUCAAAAGAAGACCAGGGUUGUCUCUUUGAGUCUACUAUGGCUUUGCGAACUUGUCCUAUCUGCAAAACCUUCUCGUCUGUUUCUAACACCACUUUGAAUGCGCAUAUCGACAAGUGUGUGUCUGUUGACUCUGGACAACAGCCAAAUAGUAAGCCACGGAGGAAAGUGAAAAGGAUGGUUGAUAUAUACGCUACUGCAAAAAGAUGCACAUUAGAAGAUAUUGAUCAAAGAAACGGAACAAAGUGGGCUGUGGUUUCGAGCUACUCAUCAAACCAGGUCGUCUCUGAUAAUAAUAAGCCUCAAGUGUGCAACAAAAGGAAGAAGCGGAGUGUGUUGCAUGCUAAAGUUGAUGAAGAUGCUGCUACCAUUGGACCUGUCUACAUUGAUGCUAAGGGCCAAAAACUGCGGAUCAUAUCUGAGUUUAACGAGAAAGCUUCUGAAGAAGAUGUCAGUGAGAAGGAAUCUUCUAAAGAAGGUAAAGGGAAUCACAGAGGCUUUAGGGAAAGACUUUUGGGAAAGAAGUAUCACAAGCAUUGUAAAGGCCAUGCUUCAGAGAUCUUGGAGUGUAGAAGAGGUUAUUCUGAAGAAUGUAGAGUCAUGGACAGUUCAGGUCCAACUCGGCGUAGGAACGUUUGGGAUCAGCCAUCCGAGAAUGGACAUUCAUUGUCAGCAGAUCCUCCUGUGUCAAGGGGUCCAAGUCAUGCGAAUUUUGAUUUAACCAAGACAGUUUCUUCUCCUUUAAACAGUCACAACUCAUGGAGAAGUUGUGGGGAGAGCCAAGUCUCUGGAAAGAUCACCAAAAGGGAGAGAUGUUCAAUGCCUGUGGAUAAGGUGAAGUUGAAGAAAGCUCAGUCAGAGAAUGAAGAGGAAGGUGAAGAUUCAGGGAGAUGGGAGUCUGAAAUGACUCAAGAACGUGUACUGACAGAUUAUAGUGAUUCUGAUGAUAAUAAAGAAACAGACACUUCAACUAGUGGCGGUGAAGACGAUGAUUAUGAAAGCUGGGAAGAGACUGGUAAUAAUAACAAAGGAGAUGAUAAUAUGUUGGACAAAACCAAUGAUGCAGAUGCUGAGUUUGAAAGCAUGAUUUACGAGAGAACUGGUUGUGGUGAUACUGCAGAACAAGGAGGAAGCACAUUCAUGGAGGUUGAUCCCAUUCCUAUUCCAGGACCUCCAGGCUCAUUUCUACAAAGUCCUUGGGAUAUGGAAACUGAUGUAUCUGAACAUCGUGGAAACUUCUCAGUUAAAUCUUUAUCUGAAUCAACAUUUGGACAAGCAGCACCACACAUGAUCCAACAAGAUUUGGGUCUCUUGAGUAAGUCUUUUACUGCGGCUCCUUCCAGUUCAACCUCGGUAUUGCGGCUAAUGGGAAAGGAUUUGAUGGUUAUCAACCAAAGAGAAGACACCUCACGUGGAUAUUCAUGUCCAAAAUUAACUUCUCAGUUUCAAGAUCUCGCUAAGACACAACAUGUGCCUCCCCCUGCUCAUCUUCUUCCUCGUUCUUAUGGUGGAAACGGUUUGUAUCACAACACCAGCACAAACUUUUACAACAUUCCGUGACAAUUCAAAUCAAGAACUCUAAAUUCUAUAAGAAAUUUAACCAACUUAGUAA